GGCCACCCCUGGAUUAUGAGACACAAUCUAUAUGACACUGUUAAAUAUAUAUUAUCUCUCUUCCUUUUUAUCUCUAGGCUCUACAUUUCUGCUGAAGAUACAUUUUCCCACUGUAAAUUCAUGCAUCAGUUUAAUAUUACUGAUAUGAUCCGUAAGCAUGCACUUGAGUUUUAUGGAUACAUUAAGCUAAUAAACUUUGUUAGAAGGAAGAAACCAAGUGCAGAAUACUUGAAUUCUCUCAGCAGCCCACUGCCUUGGGAAGAAGACGAAUACUUGAAACCAGAGCUAGAAGAUGAUCUCUUACUUCAGUAUGACAUAGAAGAUCUUUACGAUUCUACAAACAUUUCAUACCCCAAUGGGUUAACUGAUAACACAGCAAUCCUUGAACAGUUGAAAUGUGCAGAACACAGAGCAAAGCUUGCGGAAACAGCAUUAGCAAAUGCACAAGAAGAUCUUCAGAAAAUGAGACAAUUUGCACAGGAUUUUGUGAUGAACGCAGAUGUCAGAAGCAUCUCGUCGUCAUCCAGUGCCAUUGCGGAACUCCAGGACGAUGAGGAUGGCGUUUACUUCAGUUCAUAUGGGCAUUAUGGGAUACAUGAAGAGAUGCUGAAGGAUAAAGUACGUACUGAAAGCUAUCGUGAUUUCAUAUACAAAAACCCACAUAUCUUCAAGGACAAGGUGGUUUUGGAUGUUGGCUGUGGAACUGGAAUACUUUCCAUGUUUGCUGCCAAGGCAGGUGCAAAGAAGGUGAUUGGAGUUGACCAGUCUGAAAUUAUCUAUCAGGCAAUGGACAUCAUUAGGUUGAAUAAUCUUGAAGAUAACAUUACCCUAGUCAAAGGAAGAAUUGAAGAAGUUGAUUUGCCACAUGAGAAAGUGGAUAUUAUUAUAUCUGAGUGGAUGGGUUAUUUCCUUCUUUUUGAAUCUAUGCUGGAUUCUAUCAUUUAUGCAAAGGAGAAGUACCUGACAGAGGGAGGCUCAGUCUACCCGGAUAUCUGCACCAUUAGCUUGGUGGCUAUAGGUGAUCGGAAUAAACAUGCGGAUAGACUGGCUUUUUGGGAUGAUGUGUAUGGCUUCAACAUGUCCUGUAUGAAGAAGGCUGUAAUUCCAGAAGCUGUUGUGGAGGUAGUGGAUCCAAGCACGCUUAUAUCUGAGACCAGUGUCAUUAAGCAUAUAGACUGUCACACAACAACAAUUACAGAUUUGGAGUUUUCAUCAGAUUUCACCCUAAUGAUUACUGAAAAUACUGAGUGUACGGCAGUUGCUGGCUACUUCGAUGUAUUUUUUGAGAAAAACUGCCACAACAGUGUCAUGUUCUCGACGGGUCCCCAGUGUACCAAAACACACUGGAAACAAACAGUGUUUCUUCUGGAGAACCCUAUUUCUGUAAAGAAAGGUGAAGCCUUGAAAGGAAAGAUAACUGUUCUCAAGAAUAGAAAGGAUCCACGGUCCCUCAUUGUAACACUUUCAGUGAACAACACAAAACAGAUGUACAGCCUUCAGUGAACGUACUAAACAGAUGUGAAACGAUAUGAAUUUUAUAUGGAUAUGACUUAAACAUUAAACAGGUUUUCUAAAUAAAAAUGAGUUUUGGCUCAAGAAUGCAGCAGGAGUUGGGGGAGUUGGAACUGAUUGGCUUUUCAUUGGUGUGGUCUUGCAGCUCUGACAAAUUUAUGAAACCAAAUCCAACUGCAUUUCAUAUAAUGUGGAGAGACGGAAUGAAAAUGGUUUUGUUAGAUGGCUCUACCAGAAAAGUCAAAUACACCUCUGACAUUUACUGUAAUGAUAACAUGCUGUCUGUAACAUUUGUACUCAGCAGAGCCUUUCUUAUUUUUAAUGUUCUCACUGGCAAAUCUGAUUAUUCUUACCAAAAAAAUCUUAGCUAAGAUUAACAGAGGGACAAAUAAUGUGCAGACUUCAUUUCAUUUUUAUUUGGCACAACUCAAUAUAAUUCAGUGCUUCAGGAUUUGGCCCAUCAUGCUCUAGUGAUGAAGACUACAUUUGUUUUUAUAAACUUUCUAUUACAGUAUGAAGUAUUGUCAAUUGUGUAAAUUGCAUUUGUCAAAAUAAACAAAUUUCAUUUUGUUAU